CCCGAAUGCUGCAUCCACUCGUCCUCCAAUGAACAACAGCUCUGAAGCUCAAGGGCUUCUCAACAACGUCGAGUCGGCAUCGCCGACUGCCCCCGACAGCAGCAGGAGGCCAGCCGAUGCUGUCGACAGGGGAGCAGAAGUGAGCGCCACCCGCGGCAAGGAGUGGCCUGGCGGUGGCGAUGGACAUGAUGGUGCGUUCGGUGGCGUGUUUGCACUGAGGGAUGGGGAUGCCGUUGUGUAUCGGCUGGCUGUGUCGGUCGGCAUGCUGCUGCUGGCUGCGUGUGUCGGCAUUGCGGGCACGGUGCUGUUUGUGGUUGGGUCAUCUGAUCCGCCGACAUUGCGAGGGCCAGACAACAACCGGUGCUUCUCUGUAGAGGAAUGCCCAAUCGAACUGUGAGUGAGAGCACCAGCAGCACAGCACGCGGAUGGAAUCAUGGUCAAUGGACGCCUGUAUCUGCCUGGCUGUCUGCCUGUCUGUGCAGGUACAAUCUGCCCGUCGCCAUGCCCCUGACGAAGGGCACUCCAUUGUCUGUCAAGUGGACCGUCACGCAGGGCGCGAAGAGCAAUGCGAAGGAGUUCCCGAAGGGCAAGGUCUGCCCCGCAGCCCCGCCAUCGUCCAUCUAUGACGACCUGGGCUCAUGCGGCAUGCUCAAAGAGGUCACACACACUCAUACACACACACGAGGGGAUGAGACAUCUGCGGCACUGUCCGUGUGUUUUGAAUUCAGGGUCAUCCAUACUAUCGUUUCAAUGAGUUGGGGUAUCGAUGGGUAGCCCAUAGUGAGUGGACGUACACGGCCACUUUCGACUGGCCGGCGUCUUCGGACGCCAUCGCAUCGGUGCUGCACAAGAAAAAGAACGGAUAUGGCAGCUAUUCAAUGGACGGGAUGCUGCUGCUGGAGUUCGAAGGGCUCGACACGCUUGCCACCAUCUACCUCAAUGGGGCGGUGCUGGGCACUUCAGACAACAUGUUCAACAAAUAUACAUUCACAGUGGGUGUCCAUACGAAACGAAAAGAGGAGCAGUCAAUGCCCGCCACCGCUCAGGUCUGCCUGUGUGCGUGUGUGAUUGCAGGUGACUGGCAAGCUGAAGGAGCGCAACAACAUAACAAUCGCUUUUGCCAACCCCAUCGUCUACGGCAACGACAGGCAGAACGACUACCCAUUCAAAGUGCCCGUCACGCAGUUCCCCAACUUUCUCACUGCAUCGGAGAACCCCAAAGCCAAAUGGCUGCCAUCGCCGGGCGGCCGCAACUUCGUCAGGAAGGCGCAGAGUGACUUUGGCUGGGACUGGGGGCCAGCACUCAUCGGUGCCGGCGUGUGGAAGCCCGUCCACAUUCUGGCGCUGCACGCGGGCCGCAUCGACUAUGUCUCGCCGCGACAGACAUUCGCAAGUGAUGGGUCUGUGACACUGCAGCUGGUGGUGGGUGGGCAGCUGAGGGCGGCAUGCCGCACUGGCCCGCUGGCCGUUGAGGGGAUUCUGACGCCUCCCGGGGUGAAGGCGGACAAGAAGCACUCAAUGGUCACAUCUGAACAGGUACAUACCUCACUAGAUGACGCGCAUGCAUGGGGUGGAUGUAUGUGUAUUUGUGUAUUUCGGUGCGGUGCAGGUGAUCGGGUACGACACGUCAGGUGCGGUGUGUCGUGGUCUGGAGAAGCUGACCGGCGGCUACGAGCAGCUGUUCCCCACACAGACGACCCUCACCUUCCACCUCCCCAAACCCACUCUAUGGUGGCCCAUCGGAUACUCGGACACACCAGGUGGUUCCCUCAGGGAUAUAUCUGCUGCUGGCGUGUGGCUGACGGACUCUCUUCUUGUGUUGUGUGGGUGGUGUGCAGGUCAGCUGUACCGUUUGGAGGUUCGUCUGCGGGCCGGCACAGCCAGUUCGAUGGGCUAUAUCCUGGACAAGCAGCACAAGCGCGUCGGCAUCCGCAAGGUCCGCCUCAUCAUGGACCCCUUGUUCGAUGUGUCCCACGGGCAGAGCCUUGACAAAUGGCCCGCCUGCAAGGCAAGUCAUCGACCGGAGAAAAGAGAGCCGUCAAUCAUGCGAAGCCGUCGGCUCUUUGUCGCUUUCUGUUGCAUGUAGCCUGCCAUCGACUGGUAUCGCACAAUGGAGCCGGGCAUGAGCUUCUGCGACGCGUACAAGAAAGUCAGGUGCGUACAUGGACAUGCCCUACCGCCAUCCAUUCAUCCAUUCAUCCAUCCAUCCAUCCAUCCUUGCUGAGUGCAGGCAGGAGGGCUCCGUCUGGGACAACGAGAAGCAGCAGUACUGCCACGACCAGGGCUGCUGCCAGUCGGGAGACUGCAACAAGUGCCCCCCUCAGCUGGAGCAGUGCACGCCCUCAUUCAAAGCCGAGACUUUCUACUUCGAGAUCAACGGCCUGCCCGUGUGGGCCAAGGGCGCCAACCUCAUUCCAUUCUCAUCAUUCCACUCGUCCGUCACUGAGAAAGACAUGAGACGCGUACUCGGUAAGGUGGGGUGGGAGGGAGGGAGGCAAGGGGCUUGCAGGAGGAGGUCAUGUGCGUGUCUCUUGUGCUCUUAUGUUGAACAGAUGCCGCGUUGGAGGGCAAUCAGAACAUGCUGCGUGUGUGGGGCGGAGGUAUCUACCCGGUCGACUUCCUAUACAACUGGGCUGACGAGAACGGCGUCAUGGUCCGAGAGAGAAGGCCCUCGGCACUCACACCUUCACUCGCUGUCCUUUGUUCAGUUGUGGCAGGAGUUCAUGUUUGCGUGCGGCAUGUACCCGACUACCAAAGAGUUCCUCGGCAGCGUGGCCGAAGAGGUACUCACACAAACACCAGACGGGGGUGUGUGCACUGUGUGGGAGAGAGAUGUGUGUGUGCAGGUCCGUCAGCAGGCCAAGCGUCUGACGCACCAUGCGUCUGUGGUGGUGUGGGGCGGGAACAAUGAAAACGAAUCAGCCAUGACAUGGUAAGUAAGUGGCUGCAAAGAGGACGCCCCUCUCCCGGUAUUGUAUACGCUUCUGUGUCUCAGGUUUCCUGAGAUAGCGGCCAACUACGCCACCUACGUGACGGACUAUGUCGACCUGUAUCUGGGCGUUAUCCUAGAGGAGCUACGAAAGGUGAGCUCACGCACUGCAGGACCUUCUCUCUCGCACAGUCCAUCAUUACCCUCCUCUCUGUCUCUCUCGCUCUGUCUUCCCGUUUGUCAGAUCACUGGCCCGUCCACGGUGUUUGUGGACUCUUCGCCGUCCAACGGCCCCCUCACCGACGAGCCGAAGCGGUACCGCAAGAGCUGGGGCGAUGCGUGGGACCCGAACAGAGGCGACGUGCACUUCUACAACUAUGUCAUGGACUGUCUGGACGUCACUCUCUAUCCGAGGGCUAAGUUUAUCAGCGAAUUCGGCUUCCAGAGGUACAAAAACAUGGCCACACUGUGUUUGUUGUGGACGUCUCUGCCUGCCUGCGUUGUGUGUGGUCUUGUGUUUGGCCGUCCGUCAGCCUGCCGUCGCUGCUGACGUAUUUUGAGGGCGCCACCGACCCUUCCCAUGGGUCGAGGGACUUCCACAUCGCGUCGCAUUUCGCCUAUUACCGUCAGCGACACGUGGGCGGCAACUCGGAGAUGAUCCGGCUCUCAGGCGCACACUUCAUGUGAGCUCACGCACAGACAGACCACACUCACACAGGAGAAGAGUUUUCCAAUGUCUCUAUGUGUUACUCUUCUUUCAGCGUGCCCACCUCUCAGCAGACCCUUCCUCGGCGCCUCUCUGACGCUGCCACCGACACAAACGGCACCUCUGCUCCUGCCCCUCCUGUCCCCCGCUCGCCACACACCGUCAACAUGACAGCCUGGCUCGCCGAUGCCGACCCAUCACACAUCCUACGCGAGUAUAGGAAAUACUUCAAUGACUCGUCUGUCGGAUUGUCGGUGGCCAAUGCAACGGAGACAGAGGAGGAGAAGGAGCUGGUGACGGACUUCGAGCCGGAGGCCAUCAGCCGUGCGAUCAACAACGCAGAAGUCGACGAUUUCGACAAGUUCGUGUACCUGACACAGCUGGAGCAGGGCAGGUGCUACGACGCGGCCGUGCGGCACUGGCGGAGGAUCAAGGCCGACUGGGACGCACGCACUAUGGGCGUCCUCUACUGGCAGCUCAACGAUGUAUGCGAACCCCCAGCCCCACACCACACGUGAUCAUGGAAGCACAAACAGUGAUGGGUGGGUGCAGGUGUGGCAGGGCCCUUCAUGGAGCUCGCUCGAGUAUGGGGGUCGGUGGAAGCUUCUCCACCAUAUGGCCCAACGCUUCUUUGCGCCGCUGAUGGUGACGGUGUCCUUCAACACUGACGCCGAUCUGCUGGAGGUGUUUGCCGUCUCGGACAUACCUUUGCCAGUCUACAGAGGCACACUCACAGUCCAGGCCAUCAGAUACAGGCAAGGGCAGGAGUGAGGCAGCCCAUCCAUCCAUCCAUCCAUCCAUGUGUCUGUGUCUCUGUGUGUAUCCGUAUCCUGUGUCUCUGCAGUGACGGCACUUACAUCUACAAGGAGGUCAAAAGCGACAUCGCCUUGGGGGCGCUGACAUCCAUGCUCCUCCUCCGCACCAAGGUCAGCCAGGUGCUCCAGUCCACCUGGUGGGACCCCGCUCACCUCUUCACCACUUCCUGCUCCGUCACCGAGUGCUUCCUGCGCUUCAUCAUCACAUUCCCCGACCAGCCGGCCUAUGUGGGCGGCAAGAAGGCCUCAGAAGGGCCGAGAGGCGGCACCCAGCUGACUGCGGCUGGUGAUGCCUUCUUCACGCCUUUCCUGCGGGCGUCGCUGGCGUCUGCCACGGUGCAUGUCAGCGCGAUAUCGAAUGCUGAACCGAUGAGGUGGGACCCCGGCUACGAAGCUGCGCAGGGGGGGAAGCUGCAGACGAGGGCCAAGAUACAGCUGCAGGCCAACAAGGGGGGAGGGGUGGCGCUGUUCGUGUGGCUCGAGACGGCCGUCAAGGGGCACUUCUCUGACAACGGUGCUGCGCAGGAAAGAGGCGGAAGAAUGACCGCAAAUCUCACCCUGUUUGUAUUUUGUCUUCAGAUUUUCACUUGAUCCCUGGUGAGGGGAGGGAGGUGUAUUUCAUCUGUGACGACACCAUCGAGAAUCUGUCUGCGCGGCUGGGCCAGACGCUGCACGUGCGGCAUCUGCACGAGCCGUCACCCAAGCCAGUCAAGCUGCAGUCCCCACCACCACACAUCUCGUGAUGGGCUGGGUUCUCGAGCUCCGAUGCGUGUUUUUGUGGUGUGGCCCCGAUCCUUUCGCGCCUGAUUUGUUCUCUCUCGUGUGUCUGCGUGUUGUCUGUGCGUGGUCGACUCGACUGUGGUGUGUGGAGUGCAGAAGAAACGACGCCAUGCCAUGUGCGUUGAUUAUACACGAACAUCGUCACGUGUGUGUGUCCC